ACGCGAUGCCGCAAGUGCGAGGCCUGCCUGCGGACCGAGUGCGGAGAGUGCCACUUCUGCAAGGACAUGAAGAAGUUCGGGGGGCCCGGCAGGAUGAAGCAGUCCUGCAUUAUGAGGCAGUGCAUCGCACCGGUGUUGCCUCAUACUGCUGUGUGUCUGGUGUGUGGAGAAGCUGGGAAAGAAGACACUGUGGAAGAGGAGGAGAGCAAGUUUAAUCUCAUGCUAAUGGAAUGCUCCAUUUGUAAUGAAAUCAUACACCCAGGAUGCCUUAAGGUGAAGGAAUCGGAUGGUGUGGUGAACGAUGAGCUGCCGAACUGCUGGGAGUGUCCAAAGUGCAACCAUGCAGGGAAAACUGGAAAACAAAAGCGCGGACCAGGGUUCAAAUACGCGUCAAACCUCCCGGGCUCGCUGCUGAAGGAGCAGAAAAUGAACAGAGACAAUAAGGAGGUGACGGACGCUGCCAAGCGGAAAGGGGACUGCGAAGAGACUCCCAGGCGGAAAUCGGAGGAACAUUCCAAAAAGGCUCAAGUGGACUCAAUACUGAGGAGAAAGUCAGACGAAGUGCAUCUGUGGAGGAAAAGGAAAUUCGAGAAGCCCCAGGAACCCACGAUGAGGAAGCGGCUAAAACUUGGAAAAGAAGACAAACUCUUCAGGAAGAAGCGGCGAUCGUGGAAGGCUCCAGAUGACCGAACUGCCAUGAUCAAACCCCUGCGGCGCCUGAAGCAGGAGCCCGAGGAUGACCUGCCAGAAGCACCUCCCAGGUCCAAGGACAGCGACCAGUCGCGGUCCAGCUCGCCCACCGCGGGCCCCAGCACGGAGGGCACCGAGCCCAGGGACAAGAAGAAGUUUAAGAUGAGGAGGAAAAGGCGGCUUCCCAAUAAGGAACUGAGCAAGGAGCUCAGCAAGGAGCUUAACCAGGAGAUCCAAAAAACCGAGAACAGCCUUGCCAAUGAGAAUCACCAACCCAUCAAAUCUGAACCUGAGAGCGAGAACGAGGAGCCCAAGCGCGCUUUGAACAACAGCGAGAGACUCCAUAGGUUCAGCAAAGGGUUGAACGGGACUCCCCGGGAGCUGAGGCACCAGCUCAUCCCCAGCCUGCGGAGCACGCCCCGGGGGAUCGCCCGGCCCCCGCCCUCGCUCUCUCCUCCCAAAUGCAUCCAGAUGGAGCGGCACGUUAUCCGGCCGCCCCCCAUCAGCCCCCCUCCGGACUCACUCCCCCUGGAUGACGGGGCAGCCCACGUGAUGCAGAGGGAAGUCUGGAUGGCUGUCUUUAGCUACCUCAGUCAUAGAGACUUGUGCAUCUGUAUGAGAGUUUGCAAGACCUGGAACAGAUGGUGCUGUGACAAAAGAUUAUGGACCAAAAUAGAUUUAAACCAUUGUAAAUCCAUCACUCCACUUAUGCUUAGUGGCAUUAUUAGGAGACAGCCUGUAACCCUUGAUCUUAGCUGGACAAAUAUAUCUAAAAAGCAGCUGAGCUGGCUUAUCAACAGACUGCCAGGUCUCCGAGACCUGCUGCUGUCAGGGUGCUCGUGGAUAGCAGUGUCGGCACUUUGUAGUUCCAGUUGCCCUUUACUCCGAACUCUGGACGUGCAGUGGGCAGAAGGACUGAAGGACGCACAGAUGAGAGACCUCUUGUCGCCGCCCACAGAUAACCGGCCAGGUCAGAUCGACAACCGGAGCAAGCUGCGGAACAUCGUGGAGCUGCGCUUGGCCGGCCUGGAUAUCACCGACGCCUCGCUGCGGCUGAUCAUAAGGCACAUGCCCCUGCUCUCCAAACUCAACCUUAGUUACUGUAACCAUGUGACAGAUCAGUCUAUUAACCUGCUGACCGCGGUCGGAACCACCACGCGGGAUUCGUUAACAGAAAUUAAUUUAUCGGACUGCAAUAAGGUUACUGACCAGUGCCUGUCUUACUUCAAACGUUGUGGAAACAUCUGCCAGAUCGACCUGAGGUACUGCAAGCAAGUGACAAAAGAAGGCUGCGAGCAGUUCAUCGCAGAGAUGUCCGUAAGUGUUCAGUUUGGGCAAGUGGAAGAAAAACUUCUGCAAAAACUGAGUUAGUUAAAGGACCUGUGUAAAUACUGGGGCUGGAGGGGGGGUGUGGGUGGGGGGAAGGGACUAAGAACACGUAGGGAUUUUAUUUUCAAUUGGGAACUUGGAAUAUUGGAAACUACCGCGAUUGGAUUUUACAACUCUUGUUGAGGAGAGAAAAACAUGAAACUACCCAUGUUAAGAAUUUCAACUUGUGCCACUAAUUCAGUCUACCUGGGAUGUCCUGCACUGGCUCUUAUGCAAAUUCAUAAGGCGACUGUUACUGGUGAUAAUUGUUCACACCCGGAAGACGACUGAUCUCCAAGAAAUACUGUUAUUUAAAGUACCACAGCAUGUGCUUGGUAGUGUAAAUUUGAUUUCUGCUUUUCAUUUCUUGAAACAACAACAACAAAAGAAGUUGGUGUCAUUCAAGUGGACCACGCACUGCAUUUCUGCCUUCUUAACACGUUUUGUUUUGUUACAUCUUACAUUAUGCAGAACUAUUUUUGUACAAAAAUUGUUUAAAAAUUAUUUAUGCAAUGUUUGAAUGCAUUACCAGUGUUUCGGUUUUGAUUGCCAAUUUUUAUCUUUACUUAUGGUAGGCGAGAACUUAACCUAUACUUCGUAGACAGUAUCUAUCUACAAAUGUGCCCAGGUCAGGAAAAGUAGGUUAAUACUUUCAACUUAAAGCAUGUUUUAAUGGAAGUUUAUAUCCUGCUUUGUAUACUUCAGAAGUGACAUAAGCAUGUUGUGGAAAUAAGGUGUAAAUUAUAGUUGAAGUAAAACACUUUUAUCUGUAUAGAAAUCACCUUUUUCUCAAAAUUUUAAAAAAAAAAUUCCAAUUUCAGCUUUUGCACAUAGGAGGGUUUCACUCUGUAGCAUGAGCUCUUGUACUCAAUAUAAAAUUAAUUUAUACAGUGAGUCCAGCCGUAGAAUAAAUGGUCAAACGUAGUCUCUCUUUCUUUGAAGUGUGAGUUGAGUUCUCAUUUAAGGUUUAUAACAUGGUUAUUUCCUGAUUGUAAAAUUCUGCAUUCAUAAGUGCCAUUGUUGUACGGUGUUGUUUUCGUAGACCUUCCUGAUGCAGUUUUACCUUUGUUGAAUUUGUAUAAACAAUUGUACAAAAA